AUGUCGCAGCCAUCACAAGCACUUCAAAUACGCACGAGCGAUGGCAUCGUCUUUGAUGUGUGUCUCGAGGUCGCCCAGCAAAUGGGUUUGACCCACAGCUGGCUGCAGUCGGAGCGCGGAGAUUUGAAAGGCAACGAUGGCCCCGAUGACGAUGCCAAUGUGAUGCCACUGAACCGAGUUAGGUCCGAUAUAUUUAAGCUCGUCCUCGACUGGUGCCAGGCCGUGCAAACAGUGGACGCGCCAUUGGAACACAAGGAAAUGCUGCAGUAUCAACGUUCCCUAUUCCAGCGCAUUCUCACCGAAUCGAAUGCCACCGACUCGACCAUAUUUGAGCUGAUCAUUGCGGCCGACUAUCUGAACAUUGACGGUCUCCUGCAGGCGGGCACUCAGCAUGUCGCCGAUGUGAUCAAUGGUUGUGACAGCGUCGAGGCAAUUAGAGAGCGCUUUCAUAUCAUGUACGAGGGCGAAAUAGACGAAUAA